AUGGCGACCCGGCGUGCCGGGCGAAGCUGGGAGGUGAGCCCCACGGAACGGAGGCCGUCGGCCAGGCCGCGGAACUCCGCGGCCGAGGAGGCGGCAGCUUCCCCGCCGGUCCUGUCUCUCAGCCACUUCUGCAGGUCGCCUUUCCUCUGCUUCGGAGAUGUGCGGCUGGGAGCCUCGCGGACGCUGCCCCUGGCCCUGGACAACCCUAACGAGGAGGUGGCUGAAGUGAAGAUCGCCCACUUCCCAGCCGCUGAGCAGGGCUUCAGCAUCUCGCCGCGAUCGUUUGAGCUACAGCCUAAAGAAAAAAUUAUUAUUUCUGUUAACUGGACACCAUUAAAAGAAGGCCGAGUAAGAGAGAUUGUGACAUUUCUUGUAAAUGAUAUUCUGAAACACCAAGCUAUAUUACUAGGAAAUGCAGAAGAAAAGAAAAAGAAAAAGAGGAGUCUUUGGGAUACAAUUAAUAAGAAGAAAAUGUCAACUUCUUCAAGUGAUAAGAGGAAUUCCUAUAUUCAAAAUGUUAAUACAACAUUUUGUGUUUCCCAAAAAGCUGACAGAGUUCGGAGCCCACUACAAGCCUGUGAAAAUUUGGCUAUGAAAGAAGGCUGUUUCCUAACAGAAAACAAUUCUUUAAGCCUUGAAGAAAAUAAAAUACCAAUAUCACCUAUUAGUCCCAUUUUCAAAGAAUGCCAUGGUGACACGUCCUUGCCUCUUUCUGUACGUCGAUCUACUACAUACACAUCUCUUCACGCAUGUGAAAACGGGGAAUUGUUGAAAGUAGAAGGUGCCGAUGGCUCGGAAGAUUUUAAUUUUAAUGAGAAAGUGACAAGUGAAACUUCCUUUAGCUCCAUACAUAAUAUGAGUGGCCAAAUUGAAGAGAAUAGUAGUAAGCUUAUUCUUACCCCGACCUGUUGUUCAACUUUGAACAUUACACAAAGCCAAGGAAAUUUUCUAAGUCCAGAUUCCUUUGUAAAUAACAGCCAUGCAGCUAAUAAUGAACCAGAGGUAGCUACAUGCCUUUCAUCAGAUACGUUUAGGAAAGAUAAUUCAAGUCCUGUGCAUUUGGAAUCAAAAACUGCACAUAAAACUUACCGGACAAUUUUAAGUCCAGAUUCUUUCAUAAAUGACAAUUAUGGACUAAAACAGGAUCUAGAACCAGAGUCAAUUAACCCAAUUCUGUCCCCAAAUCAAUUUGUAAAAGAUAAUAUGGCAUAUAUAUGUAUGUCUCAGCAAACAUGUAAAUUAUCAUCAUCAAAUAAAAAUUCUCAGGUCUCACAGUCUCCUCAAGAUCAGAGAACAAAUGGAGUUUUAACUUUUUUUCGUGAAUGUCAGGGUUCACAAUCUCCUGAAGCUAUUUUUGAAGAGUCCAAAACUUUAGAAAUGAAGUCAGAUUGCUACAGUUUUACAAAAAAUCAGCCUAAAUUUUCUGUAAUUCAGAAUAUUUCUAGUUACAGCCAUGAUAAACGUACAAGACGCCCAAUACUUUCUGCCACUGUUACUAAAAGCAAAUCCAUUUGUAGCAGAGAAAACCAAACUGAGGCUAAUAAACCAAAGGCAAAAAGAUGUCUCAACAGUGUUGCAGGUGAAUUUGAAAAACCAACAGAUACUCAAAAAGAGAAAAGUGGUUUUCAGUCUUGUCUUCCAGUUAUAGAUCCAGUGUUCAGUAAAUCUAAGAGUUAUAAAAAUGCAGUAAUUCCUUCCUCAAAGACUGCUUUAGUCGCUCGCAAAAGAAAGAGUGAGGGAAACAAGGAAGAUGCAAAUGUGAGAGUCACGGUUACAGAACAUACAGAAGUACGAGAAAUCAAAAGAAUCCAUUUUUCUCCCGUGGAAUCUAAAAUGGCAACUGUUAAAAAAACAAAAAAGAUGAUAACACCCAUCUCAAAACAUAUUAGCUACAGAGAGAAAUCAAACCUGAGGAAGAAAACGGAUUCAUUAGUAUAUAGAACUCCUCAUUCUAAAACAAACAAAAGGACAAAACCCAUUGUUGCUGUGGCACAGUCUACUCUGACCUUCAUAAAACCAUUAAAAACAGAUAUUCCUAGACACCCAAUGCCGUUUGCUGCAAAGAACAUGUUUUAUGAUGAACGCUGGAAGGAAAAGCAGGAGCAGGGCUUCACUUGGUGGCUAAAUUUUAUAUUAACUCCUGAUGACUUCACUGUAAAAACAAAUAUUUCUGAAGUAAAUGCUGCUACUCUUCUUUUGGGAGUGGAGAGUCAACAUAAAAUCAGUGUUGCUAGAGCUCCUACAAAAGAUGAAAUGUCUCUCAGAGCUUACACGGCUCGGUGCCGGCUGAAUCGAUUACGUCGGGCAGCAUGUCGUUUAUUUACUUCUGAAAACAUGGUCAAAGCUAUUAAGAAGCUUGAAAUUGAAAUUGAAGCUAGGCGGUUGAUUGUUCGAAAAGAUAGACACCUCUGGAAAGAUGUGGGAGAACGGCAGAAAGUCCUGAAUUGGCUGUUAUCAUAUAAUCCUUUGUGGCUACGUAUCGGCCUAGAGACAAUUUAUGGAGAACUCAUAUCUUUGGAAGAUAACAGUGAUGUCACAGGGUUGGCUGUGUUUAUUCUGAAUCGCUUACUUUGGAAUCCUGAUAUAGCCGCUGAGUAUAGACACCCCAGUGUUCCUCAUCUCUAUAGAGAUGGUCAUGAAGAAGCUUUGUCUAAGUUUACAUUGAAAAAGUUGUUGUUGUUGGUUUGUUUCCUUGAUUAUGCCAAAAUCUCCAGACUUAUUGAUCAUGAUCCUUGUCUCUUCUGUAAAGAUGCUGAAUUCAAGACUAGUAAAGAAAUUCUUCUGGCUUUUUCACGAGACUUCCUAAGCGGUGAAGGUGACCUUUCCCGUCACCUUAGCUUUUUGGGAUUACCUGUUAACCAUGUGCAGACACCAUUUGAUGAAUUUGAUUUUGCUGUUACAAAUCUUGCUGUAGACUUGCAAUGUGGAGUGCGUCUUGUGCGAAUCAUGGAACUUCUCACACGGGACUGGAAUCUCUCAAAGAAACUCAGGAUCCCUGCAAUAAGUCGUCUUCAGAAGAUGCACAAUGUCGACGUUGUUCUUCAAAUUCUUAGAUCACGAGGAAUUCAAUUAAAUGAUGAACAUGGAAAUGCAAUCCUAUCUAAGGAUAUUGUGGAUAGGCACAGAGAAAAAACUCUUGCGUUACUUUGGAAAAUAGCAUUUGCUUUUCAGGUGGAUAUUUCCCUUAAUUUAGACCAGUUGAAAGAAGAAAUUGACUUUUUAAAACACACACAGAGUCUGAAGAAAACAACGUCUGCACUGUCAUGCCAUUCUGAUGCUAUUAUCAAUAAGGAAAAAGACAAAAGGAAUAGUGGUUCCUUUGAACGAUAUAGUGAGAGCAUAAAGCUGUUGAUGGAUUGGGUAAAUGCUGUUUGUGCUUUCUAUAAUAAAAAGGUGGAGAAUUUUACAGUGUCUUUCUCAGAUGGGCGUGUGUUAUGUUACCUGAUCCAUCACUACCAUCCUUACUAUGUGCCUUUUGAUGCUAUAUGUCAGCGCACUACUCAGACCGUAGAAUGCACCCAGACUGGUUCAGUGGUGUUAAAUUCAUCCUCUGAAUCCGAUGGAAGUUCUCUGGAUUUGUCUCUUAAAGCACUUGAUCAUGAAAACACUUCAGAACUAUACAAAGAACUGCUAGAAAAUGAGAAGAAAAAUUUUCAGUUGGUUAGGUCUGCAGUUAGAGACCUUGGUGGAAUACCUGCUAUGAUUCAUCAUUCAGAUAUGUCCAAUACGAUUCCUGACGAAAAGGUGGUUAUUACCUAUUUGUCAUUUCUUUGUGCAAGACUUUUGGAUCUUUGUAAAGAAACAAGAGCUGCUCGACUUAUACAGACAACUUGGAGAAAAUACAAACUAAAAACAGACCUAAAACGUCAUCAGGAGAGAGACAAAGCUGCAAGAAUCAUUCAAUCAGCUGUAAUCAGUUUUCUAUCUAAACAACGAUUGAAAAAGGAGAUUAAUGCAGCAUUGGCCAUUCAGAAACAUUGGCGAAGACUCUUAGCACAAAGAAAGUUAUUAAUGUUAAAAAAGGAAAAACUAGAAAAAGUUCAAAAUAAAUCAGCAUCAGUUAUUCAGAGGUAUUGGAGAAGAUAUUCCACUAGAAAACAAUUUCUGAAAUUGAAAUAUUAUUCAGUCAUCCUGCAAUCUAGGAUAAGAAUGAUAAUAGCAGUUACUUCUUACAAACGAUAUCUUUGGGCUACAGUUACAAUUCAGAGACAUUGGCUUGCUUAUUUAAGAAGGAAACAUGAUCAACAGAGAUAUGAGUUGCUAAAAUCAUCAUCUCUUAUAAUCCAGUCUGUGUUCAGAAGAUGGAAGCAACAUAAAAUGCGAUUACAAAUAAAAGCUACAAUAAUAUUGCAAAGAGCUUUUAGAGAAUGGCAUGUCAGGAAACGAGCUAAAGAAGAAAAAUCUGCUGUUGUCAUACAGUCAUGGUAUAGAAUGCACAAAGAAUUACGGAAAUAUAUUCACCUUAGAUCUUGUGUUGUUAUCAUUCAGACCAGGUUUCGGUGCCUUCAAGCCCAAAAGUCAUAUAAAAGAAGAAAAGAGGCUAUACUGACUAUCCAAAAGUUCUACAGAGCACAUCUGAAAGGAAAGACUGAGCGCGCCAACUAUUUGCAGAAACGGGCUGCAGCCAUUCAACUACAGGCUGCUUUCAGAGGGAUGAAAGCUCGUAAUUUACACAGACAAAUUAGAGCUGCUUGUGUUUUUCAGUCAUACUGGAGAAUGAGACGAGACAGAUUUCGAUUUCUAAACCUUAAGAAAAUUACUAUCAAAUUGCAGGCACAAGUAAGAAUGCAUCAGCAAUUACAGAAAUAUAAGAAGAUAAAGAAAGCUGCCCUUAUAAUUCAGAUUCAUCUUCGAGCUUCUAUUUUAGCCAAGAGAGCUCUAGCAUCUUACCAGAAAACCCGUUCUGCUGUCAUUGUUCUACAGUCUGCAUAUAGAGGGAUGCAAGCCAGGAGAAAGUUUAUUCACAUCCUCACAUCCAUUAUAAAAAUUCAAUCAUAUUAUAGAGCUUAUAUUUCCAGAAAAAAAUUUCUGAGACUGAAACAUGCUACAGUAAAGUUACAGUCAAUUGUCAAGAUGAAACAGACUCGUAAACAGUAUUUACAUCUGAGAGCAGCCACACUAUUUAUCCAGCAAUGGUACCGGUCCAUAAAAGUGGCUGCACUAAAGAGAGAAGAAUACGUCCAGAUGCGGGAAUCUUGUAUCAAAUUGCAAGCUUUUGUUAGAGGUCACCUGGUUCGAAAGCAGAUGAGGUCACAGAGAAAAGCUGCUGUUUCACUACAAUCUUAUUUCAGAAUGAGAAAGAUGCGGCAGUACUACCUGGAAAUGUAUAAAGCAGCUGUUGUCAUUCAGAAUUACUAUCGCGCUUACAAAGCACAGGUCAGUCAGAGGAAGAACUUCCUGCAAGUUAAAAGAGCAGUUACUUGUGUGCAGGCAGCUUACAGAGGUUAUAAAGUACGCCAGCUAAUCAAACAGCAAUCUAUAGCUGCUCUUAAAAUUCAAACUGCUUUUAGAGGCUAUAGUAAAAGGAAGAAAUAUCAGUAUGUGCUUCAGUCUACUAUCAAGAUUCAGAGAUGGUACAGGACAUACAGGACUGUUCGUGAUGUAAGAAUGCAAUUUUUAGAGACAAAGUCAGCUGUGAUUUCUCUCCAAUCUGCUUAUCGUGGCUGGAAAGUUCGAACGCAGAUCAGAAGGGAACUUCAAGCUGCGGUGAGGAUUCAGUCUGCUUUUAGAAUGGCCCAAACCCAGAAACAGUUCAGAUUGUUCAAAACAGCAGCAUUAAUCAUCCAGCAACAUCUGAGAGCAUGGAGCGCGGGAAAGAAGCAACGUAUGGAAUACACUGAACUCCGUAACGCAGCACUGAUGCUUCAGUCUACAUGGAAGGGAAAAAUAGUGAGAAGGCAGAUUCGAAAGCAGCACAAAUGUGCUGUCAUCAUACAGUCAUACUACAGAAUGCAUGUGCAGCAAAAGAAGUGGGACAUCAUGAAAAAAGCUGCUCGUCUGAUUCAAAUGUAUUAUAGGGCGUACAGGAUUGGAAGGAGACAGCGUCAGUUGUAUCUGAAAACCAAAGCGGCCAUAGUCAUCAUACAGUCUGCUUACCGAAGUAUGAGAGUAAGAAAAAAAAUAAAGGAGUACAACAAAGCGGCAGUCGCUAUACAGUCUACAUAUAGAGCUUACAAAGCCAAAAAAAACUAUGCAACCUACAGAGCUUCUGCUGUUCUAAUUCAGAGAUGGUAUCGAAAUAUCAAAAUUGCAAACCGUCAACGUAAGGAAUAUCUUAAUUUAAAGAAGACAGCAGUUAAAAUUCAAGCUGUUUUUAGAGGUAUUAGAGUGAGAAGACGUAUUCAACACAUGCACACAGCAGCCACUUUCAUUAAAGCCAUGUUUAAAAUGCAUCAAGCAAAAGUAAGAUACCACAAAAUGAGAACAGCAGCUGUCCUCAUUCAGGUAAGAUACAGAGCAUAUUGUCAAGGUAAAAUUCAGCGUGCAAAGUACCUGACAAUUUUGAAAGCUGUUACUGUUCUUCAGGCAAGUUUUAGAGGAGUAAGAGUUAGACAGACUCUCAGGAAGAUGCAGAAUGCAGCAAUACGCAUUCAGUCCUGUUACAGAAGAUACAGACAGGAAACGUAUUUUAAUAAGUUAAAGAAGGUAACACAAACAGUACAGCAGAGGUACCGGGCAGUGAAGGAGAGAAACGUACAAUUUCAAAGGUAUAACAAAUUAAGGCAUUCCGCCGUAUGCAUUCAGGCUGGUUUUAGGGGGAUGAAAGCUAGAAGACAUUUAAGAAUGAUGCAUUUAGCUGCAACUCUGAUUCAGAGGAGAUUUAGAACUCUGAAGAUGAGAAGAAGAUUUCUGUCUCUCAGGAAAACCGCUCUUUGGGUUCAGAGAAAAUACCGCGCAACUGUUUGUGCAAAGCAUCACUUACAACAAUUCCUGCGGUUACAAAAGGCGGUCAUUACACUCCAGUCAUCAUACAGAGGAUGGGUGGUAAGGAAAAAGAUGCAAGAGAUGCACAGGGCUGCCACUGUCAUCCAGGCAGCUUUCAGAAUGCACAGAGCACACGUGAGGUACCAGGCCGUGAGACAAGCCUCCGUUGUAAUCCAGCAGCGACACCAAGCGAACAGGGCUGCCAAACUGCAGAGACAACGUUAUCUCCGACAAAGACAUUCUGCCCUGAUCCUUCAGGCUGCAUUUAGGGGUAUGAAAGCGAGAAGGCAUUUGAAAAUGAUGCAUUCCUCUGCCGUGCUAAUUCAGAGCAGGUUUAGGGGUUUAGUGGUAAGGAAAAGAUUUGUUUCCCUCAAAAAAGCUGCUGUUUUUGUGCAGAGGAGAUAUCGGGCCACCACGUGUGCCAGGCAUCACUUGCAUCAAUUCUUGAAAGUACAAAGGGCGGUCAUUACAAUCCAGUCAUCUUACCGAAGACUGAUGGCAAAGAAGAAGGUUCAGGCGAUGCACAGGGCUGCAUCUCUCAUCCAGGCCACUUACAGAAUGCACAGGACGUAUGUUACCUUUCAGGCUUGGAAACAUGCCUCAAUUCUAAUUCAGCAACAUUACCGGAUAUACAGAGCUGCAAAACUGCAAAGAGAAAAUUAUGUCCGACAAAGACAUUCUGCUUUGGUCAUUCAGGCUGCAUAUAAGGGAAUGAAAGCAAGACAGCUGUUAAGAGAAAAACACAGAGCUGCUAUCAUAAUACAAAGCACAUAUCGAAUGUAUAGACAGUAUCUUUUUUACCGAAAGAUUCAGUGGGCCACAAAAGUAAUCCAAAAAAUAUAUAGAGCAAAGAAGAGGAAAGCACUUCAACACGAUGCACUUAGGAAAGUAGCGGCCUGUGUUCAGGCAGAUUUCCAGGACAUGAUCAUAAGGAAACAGAUUCAGGAGCAGCAUCAGGCCGCCACUGUUCUUCAGAAGCAUCUUAAGGCCUCCAAAGUAAGGAAGCAUUAUCUGCACUUCAGAGCAAAAGUAGUCUUUGUUCAGAGGAGAUACAGAGCACUAACUGCAGUGCGUACCCAAGCGGUCAUUUGUAUACAGUCUUCCUACAGAGGCUUUAAGGUCCGAAAGGAUAUCCAGCGUAUGCACCUGGCUGCCACCCUAAUUCAGUCACUCUACCGAAUGCAUAGGGCCAAACUUGAUUAUCGGGCAAAGAAAACUGCCGUUGUUCUUAUACAGUAUUAUUAUAGGUCAUACGUCAGGGUAAAAACGGAAAGAAAAAAUUUCUUAGCACUCCAGAAAUCUGUACGAAUUAUUCAGGCUGCUUUUAGAGGCAUGAAAGUUAGACAGAAAUUGAAAAACCUAUCUGAGGCAAAGAUGGCAGCCAUUGAGAAGCGAUCUGCGUUCUGCCGCCACAGAACUGAAACUCCGUAUGAAGCUGUGCAAAGCUCAGCACUUAGGAUUCAGAAGUGGCAUAGAACUUCUCUAGUUGCUUGUUCACAGGAGGCAGAGUGUCAUUCCCAGGGCAGGGCUGCAGUAACGAUUCAAAAAGCUUUUUGUAAAACGGCCACAGAAAUAUUGGAAACACAGAAGCAUGCUGCCAUACGAAUUCAGUCCUUCCUUCAGAUGGCUGUGUAUCGGAGAAGAUUUGUCCAGCAGAAAAGAGCUGCUGUAACCCUACAGCAGUAUUUCAGGACAUGGCAAGCAAGAAAGCAGUUUUUAUUGUAUAGGAAAGCAGCAUCGGUUUUACAAAAUCACCACAGAGGCUUUUUGUCUGCAAAACCUCAAAGAGAAGCAUAUUUACACGUUAGGAGCAGUGUUAUCAUUAUUCAAGCUAGAACAAGAGGACUUAUACAGAAACGAAAGUUUCAGAAAAUUAAGGAUAGCACCAUAAAAAUCCAGGCUGCGUGGAGGAGCUAUAAAGCCAGGAAGUAUUUAUAUAAAGUGAAAGCCGCUUGCAAGAUUCAAGCCUGGUAUAGGUCUUGGAAAGCACGUAAAGAAUAUCUAGCUAUAUUAAAAGCUGUUAAAGUCAUUCAAGGUUGUUUCUAUACCAAACUGGAGAGAACACGGUUUUUGAAUAUGAGAGCAUCAACAAUUAUCAUUCAGAGAAAAUGGAGAGCUAUGCUUUCUGGAAGAAUAGCUCAUGAGCACUUCUUAAUGAUAAAAAGACAUCAAGCUGCUUGUUUGAUUCAAGCGAAUUUUAGAAGAUACAAAGGAAGGCAGGUCUUUCUUCGGCAGAAGUCUGCCGCUUUGACCAUACAGAGAUAUAUACGAGCCAGGAAGGCCGGGAAGUGUGAAAGGAUAAAAUAUGUUGAAUUGAAAAAAUCUACAGUUGUUCUACAAGCACUAGUGCGCGGUUGGUUAGUAAGGAAAAGAAUUUCAGAACAGAGAACCAAAAUUAGGCUUCUUCACUUCACAGCAGCUGCAUAUUGUCACCUGUCUGCUCUUAGAAUUCAAAGAGCAUAUAAACUUCACAUGGUUAUGAAGAAUGCUAAGAAGCAGGUUAAUUCAGUCAUCUGUGUUCAGAGAUGGUUUCGAACAAGAUUACAGCAAAAGAGGUUUGCUCAGAAAUGUCAUAGUGUCAUAAAAAGUCAGCGUGAACUUCAAGAACAUAUGAGCCAGCAAAAUAGAGCUGCAUCAGUAAUACAGAAAGCAGUACGCCGUUUUCUCCUCCGUAAAAAAAAAGAAAAAAUUAAUAAUGGAAUCACUAAAAUUCAGGCAUUAUGGAGAGGAUACUCUUGGAGGAAGAAAAAUGAUGGUACAAAAAUUAAAGCUAUACGACUAAGUCUUCAACUUGUUAAUAAGGAGAUUCGAGAAGAAAACAAACUCUACAAAAGAACUGCUCUUGCACUUCAUUAUCUUUUGACAUAUAAGCACCUUUCUGCUAUUCUUGAGGCUCUAAAGCACCUAGAGGUAGUUACUAGAUUGUCUCCACUUUGCUGUGAGAACAUGGCCCAGAGUGGAGCAGUUUCUAAAAUAUUUGUUUUGAUCCGAAGUUGCAAUCGUAGUGUUCCUUGUAUGGAAGUCAUCAGAUACUCUGUGCAAGUCUUGCUUAAUGUCGCUAAGUAUGAGAAAACCACUGCAGCAGUUUACCAUGUAGAAAACUGCAUAGACACACUACUGGACCUUUUACAGAUGUACCGAGAAAAGCCCGGUGACAAAGUUGCAGACAAGGGUGGAAGCAUUUUUACAAAAACUUGUUGUUUGUUAGCUAUUUUAUUGAAGACAACAAAUCGAGCCUCCGAUGUUCGAAGUAGGUCCAAAGUUGUUGACCGUAUUUAUAGUCUCUACAAACUUACAGCUCGUAAACAUAAAAUGAAUACUGAAAGAAUACUUUAUACCCAAAAGAAGAAUUCUUCUAUAAGUAUUCCAUUUAUUCCAGAAACACCCUUAAGAACCAGAAUAGUUUCAAGACUUAAACCAGAUUGGGUUUUGAGAAGAGAUAACAUGGAAGAAAUCACAAAUCCCCUACAAGCUAUUCAAAUGGUGAUGGACACGCUUGGCAUUCCUUACUAG